AUGUUAGGAGGUUAUCCUCAGACACACCCCUUGUCUGAGGCCCCAGGACUUCCAGUUCCUCGACCUGAUGUGAUUUUUCAUUUGAAGAAAGGGGAUGAGCCUUGGAUAGCUGAUUUUCAUGGAAGUGAGGAGAAAGAAUGUGCAAGGAGUGUCUCUCUAGACUGGGAGACUAAAUCUGAGAUUCAAAUUGCUUCAGAAAAAGAAAAAUCAGAAAGAACAUUGAGGGAAAGGCUUGGAGGAAAAGCUGCUCUGCAUCCUAAAUUGGGAGUUCAUGCAUUGGAGGAUGAAUUAGAAACAGAGAAGGAAAGCCCUGCAGUGGAGACCUGCAAGAAAUCCCAGCAGGAGAGCUUACAGCAAGGGUCAACCCCUCCCAAGAAAGUUCUCGUUAAAGAGAGAGACCAGGAAUGUAGUGACUGUGGAAAGACUUUUUUUGACCAUUCAUCCCUUACUCGCCAUCAGAGGACUCACACUGGAGAGAAGCCUUAUGACUGUCACGAGUGUGGGAAAGCCUUCAGUCACAGAAGCAGUCUCAGUAGACAUCUGAUGUCUCACACUGGCGAUAGCCCCUACGAAUGCAGUGCAUGUGGGAAAGCCUUUUUUGACCGGUCCUCCUUAACUGUACAUCAGCGGAUUCAUACUGGAGAGAAGCCCUUUAAAUGCAGUGAGUGUGGAAAAGCUUUCUUUGACCGUUCAUCCCUUACUCGACACCAGAGAAUUCAUACUGGAGAAAGUCCUUAUGAAUGUAAUCAAUGUGGGAAAGCCUUUAGCCAGAAAAGUAUUCUAACUCGACAUCAGCUAAUCCAUACUGGUAGGAAGCCUUAUGAAUGUAGUGAGUGUGGGAAGGCAUUCUAUGGUGUCUCCUCACUGAAUAGACAUCAGAAAGCCCACACUGGAGACCCUCGUUACCAGUGCAAUGAGUGUGGGAAAGCUUUCUUUGACCGCUCUUCCCUUACACAACAUCAGAAGAUUCAUACUGGAGACAAGCCAUAUGAAUGCAGUGAAUGUGGGAAAGCCUUUAGCCAGAGGUGCCGGCUUACACGACAUCAGAGAGUUCAUACAGGAGAGAAACCCUUUGAAUGCAGUGUGUGUGGGAAAGUGUUCAGUUCUAAGUCAUCAGUUAUUCAACAUCAACGGCGUUAUGCCAAACAGGGAAUAGACUGAGCUGGGUGAAAGCUUUAGUCAAAGGACCUCCAUAGAAACUCAAGGUAGGUCUUCCCAAUCUUAAAUCCAUCAUUUGGUCAUGCUACCUAUUCUGGCUAGUGACCUUUCCCAUCUCUGCCACCCAGUUUUUGAAUAUAUAGGAUGCUGGAAAUUAGGAUUUGACUCUUAAAGAGUCAACAUUUUGCUGAAGCUUGUCAGACAAUAGGAUAAAUGUUAGGAGGUUAUCCUCAGACACACCCCUUGUCUGAGGCCCCAGGUAACACUGCACUUUAAAUAACUGGAGGCUACAAUAGGAGGAGAAAGCAAAAUUAUAUGAGAGCAGCACCUUUUUUUCCAGAAUAGUUCUUUUUAUAGCUGUUAGUCCUCUCUUGGAGCUCAUUUGGCACUGACUUUGUGUCCCAGCUGUUAGGUCUCUUACCACUCCCACUACUAGCCAGCACUUAAUGAGUGCUUAUUAUGGGGUAAGCACUCGAGAGUUUUGCAAGGAUAUUAUUUUGUUCUUUCACCAACCCUGUGAAGUAAGUACUGUUGCUGUCCUCAUUUUACAGAGGAGUAAACUGAAUUUUAGAGGUGUUAAAUAAUUUGCUCAAGGUGACACACUAGUAAAAGGUGAAGCCAAGUCCUGAAUACAGGUCUACCUUCAAAGUCCAUUCCCUUUACCAUUAUGUUACAAGGUUUGUUUUAUAAUUUAUGUGCCUGUAUUAUCUCAACUAGAUUGUAAGCACAUGGAGGAGUGACAUAUCUUUGUAUUUUACACAGUGCCUUGCAAAUAAAUAAUAGAUGCUCAAUAAAUAUUUAUCUGAAUUAA